ACAAAUAAAAGGUAAAUGAAAUUAUAACUUAAGAAUCUAACGAAGCUUAUAAAAGGAUAUUGAGAAAUAUUUUUUAUAUUUUAUUUGAAAUAAAAAGUUCGUGAAGGCAAGUAGAUGAUGAGAAAAUUGCCAGCGCAAUUUUUAGGUUUCAAUUGUUCAAUUUUUAAUUUGAAGGGUUUAUAUGACAAAUUUUGAAGUUUUAAGGGAAAUUUGUGUAACUCUAAAUAAAAUGAAGGGCAUUAAAUAAGAUGGAUGAUAGGAGAAAGUGCAGAGGAAGAACAAAGUAAAUGAAGAAACCUCAACGCUCUCCUACUGUCUGUACCUCAGAGUGGUCUACCUCUAUAACUGCAACAUUGCGUAUCCUGUGUCCUAUGGGUUCCUAGCAAGCCAUAUUCACCUCUCCUCAUGACUUCCACUGUUUCUUCUUCUCGCGGGUUUCUUCCACCAACACCCCAUGCCUCCUUUGGUUCUCCCAACAUCAUUCCUCCUCCUCCAUCUAUGGCCCACCCCCAAACCGACAGCCUCGAAACCGAGUUACUCUCUGUCUCUUGGAAUCAGGACUAUGGAUGCUUUGCUGCUGGCACAAACUCUGGCUUUCGUAUCUAUAACUGCGACCCCUUUAAAGAAACCUUCAGACGCGAUCUCAAUAGUGGCGGAUUCAAAAUCGUUGAGAUGCUCUUCCGCUGCAACAUUUUGGCGCUUGCAGGCAGUGGUGCUAAUUCCCAGUAUCCUCCAAACAAAGUCUUAAUUUGGGAUGAUCAUCAAAGCCGAUGCAUUGGUGAAUUUUCAUUCAGGUCUGAGGUGCGUGCAGUAAAACUAAGACGGGACCAGAUUGUCGUGGUUCUUGAGCACAAAAUAUAUGUUUAUAGUUUCAUGGAUCUUAAACUCCUUCAUCAGAUUGAGACUUUAGCCAAUCCUAGGGGGCUAUGUUGCCUUUCUCACCAUUCAAAUACGUCUGUUUUAGCUUGCCCAGGUCUUCAUCGAGGGCAGGUUCGGAUUGAACACUUUGGGCUCAAUGUCAUGAAGUUGAUCAAUGCCCAUGACUCCCAUCUUGCAUGCAUCACCUUGACUAUGGAUGGCCUGCUUCUAGCAACUGCCAGUACUAGAGGCACUUUGAUCAGAAUUUUCAAUACCAUGGAUGGGUCUCGCUUGCAAGAGGUUCGAAGAGGAGUUGACAGGGCCGAUAUUUAUGGCAUUGCGCUGUCUUCGAAUGUCCAAUGGCUAGCUGUUUCUAGUGAUAAAGGUACUGUUCACAUUUUCAGUCUUAGAGUUCGAGUGGCUGGAGAGGACUCUUCCUCUUACUCAAGUCCUAUUCAGGGUUCAGCAUUGUUGAAGCAGAAUUCAUCAACUUCUCUUGAUGCUCUUAUUUCUCCAAGUUCUAGUGCCAACCCUGGUUCAUCCUUGUCUUUUAUGAGAGGGAUGUUACCAAAGUAUUUUAGCUCAGAGUGGUCAUUUGCCCAGUUCCACUUGCCAGAAGACACCCAUUUUAUUGCAGCAUUUGGAUCCCAGAAUACUGUUAUUAUUGUUGGCAUGGAUGGAAGUUUCUACAGAUGCAGCUUUGAUCCAGUUCAUGGAGGGGAGAUGGUGCAGCAGGAAUAUGCUCGCUUUCUGAAAAUAGAGAGCAUUCCGCGAUAGGGAUACGAGUCACUGUCAUUGUCGUGUGUAAAUACGGAUCAUCAAUGUACAUAUUGUGAAUGCUGUUAUUGAUUGCUGACGAGCAAAAUUGCAAAUAUACAAUAUCGCAAAUCUAUCUAUAUAAUUGAGAGGUUCAAUAGAGUAUUCUUAAUAA